AUGGUCCUUGAAAAUAUGUUGCUAACACCAAUGUCGAAGAAUAUAUGUUUCCUUCUUUUUGCCAUUCUCUACGUAGUUUCCUACUUCAUCAUCACAAGAUACAAGAGAAAAUCAGAUGAACAAGAAGAUGAAGAUGCCAUAGUCAACAGGAUUUCGCUAUCUCUGAGCACCUUCACUUUAGCGGUUUCUGCCGGCGCUGUGUUACUCCUACCCUUCUCGAUAAUCAGCAAUGAAAUCCUGCUUUCUUUUCCUCAGAACUACUACAUUCAGUGGCUGAAUGGCUCCCUGAUUCAUGGUUUGUGGAACCUUGCUUCUCUCUUUUCCAAUCUUUGUUUAUUUGUAUUGAUGCCCUUUGCCUUUUUCUUUCUGGAAUCAGAAGGUUUUGCUGGCCUGAAGAAGGGAAUCCGAGCCCGAAUUUUAGAAACUCUGGUCAUGCUUAUUCUUCUUGCUUUACUUAUUCUUGGGAUAGUGUGGGUAGCCUCGGCGCUCAUUGACAAUGACGCUGCAAGCAUGGAAUCUUUAUAUGAUCUCUGGGAGUUUUACCUACCCUAUUUAUAUUCUUGUAUAUCAUUGAUGGGAUGUUUGUUACUUCUCUUGUGUACCCCAGUUGGCCUUUCCCGCAUGUUCACAGUGAUGGGCCAGUUGUUGGUGAAGCCAACAAUUCUUGAAGACCUGGAUGAACAAAUUUAUAUUAUUACCCUUGAGGAGGAAGCCCUCCAGAGACGACUAAAUGGACUGUCUUCAUCAGUGGAAUACAAUGUAAUGGAGUUGGAACAAGAACUUGAAAAUGUAAAGACUCUUAAGACAAAAUUAGAGAGGCGAAAAAAGGCUUCAGCAUGGGAAAGAAAUUUGGUGUAUCCUGCUGUUAUGGUUCUCCUUCUUAUUGAGACAUCCAUCUCGGUUCUCUUGGUGGCUUGUAAUAUUCUUUGCCUGUUGGUUGAUGAAACAGCAAUGCCAAAGGGAACAAGGGGACCUGGAAUAGGAAAUGCUUCUCUUUCUGCUUUUGGUUUUGUGGGAGCUGCACUUGAAAUCAUUUUGAUUUUCUAUCUUAUGGUGUCCUCUGUUGUUGGUUUCUAUAGCCUCCGAUUUUUUGGAAACUUUAUUCCCAAGAAGGAUGACACAACUAUGACAAAGAUCAUUGGGAAUUGUGUGUCAAUCUUGGUCUUGAGCUCUGCACUGCCUGUGAUGUCAAGAACACUGGGAAUCACUAGAUUUGAUCUACUUGGAGACUUUGGAAGGUUUAAUUGGCUGGGAAAUUUCUAUAUUGUAUUAUCCUACAAUUUGCUUUUUGCUAUUGUGACAACAUUGUGUCUGGUCAGAAAAUUCACCUCUGCUGUACGAGAAGAACUUUUCAAGGCCCUAGGCCUUCAUAAACUUCACUUAUCAAAUACUUCAAGGGAUACAGAAACAACAAAGCCUUCUGCAAAUGGGCAUCAGAAAGCAUUGUGAGACACACAGCACCACUCUGCAAUCAAGAGACCUGAGAACCCCAGAUGCACAACAUUCCCAUCAGUCAGGAGCGCUUCACACUGACUGUGGUUCACAGGGCUUGAGCCUGUCAGGGUCAUUUUUUUCAUAGUCUACUAAGCACUUGGCUGUCACAGGUCUUCUCUUAAUUUAACUUUGUGGUGGACCCUGUAGUUUCUAGCCAAAUGCAGAUUCCUU